CUGGGGCCGGUUGCAUAAACAUAGUCAUUAUCUUAAGACUGUGUCUAAGAAAUAGUCUGACUAACUAAAGUCACUGAAGAAAGACCAUUGCAUAAAAUAAGCUCACACCUAUCUUUAUUAAGACAGUCUAAAUCGCAGUGAUUUGUGGGAAAAAUAAGACGCUGAACAACUUAAACAAAAUGGCCGACAGUACGCGCUCAUCACAGUUUUCCUUUGCGGAAAAUAUUUGUAUAUUAGAGGAAUACAAUGCUGCUAAAUCGACUUUAAUGAACAAAUUUAACGAUUACAACGGCAACACAAAAAAACACAAAGCUUGGACCACAAUUACGGAAAGAGUUAACAGUGUCAACCCAUCUGUCUCACGAUCCGUCAAAGAUGUUCAAAAACGGUUUAAAAAUAUGGUUCAAGAGGCAAAAAAGGAAAUUUUUAAGCGAAAAAACCCAGCAACGGGGGGAGGACCAUCUCCUAAAUUGAAAAGGACAACGGAAAUGAUAAUUGAAAUAUACGGAGACGAAUCUCCGAUGUUUUGGGGAAUCCCCGGGGGGAGGGAGAGCGGAGUUUCCGGGCGGACGUUACCCACAGCGGCGGAAGAUACACAGUCUCAUACCGCUGUCACAUCAACCCCGCUUGGACAGCCUCUUGACUGCGAGGUGACACUGACAUUGGUCUCUCAAAAUGACGAAGCUCCUGUUACAAGCCAGGAUGACCAAACAACACAAAGUGAAGAUGACGAUUUGGACAGCACCCAAAUGGCACCUGUGGGAAGUGGCUCAGACACUUGA